AUGUCCUGUUUGACCGCCAUCGAUUCGCAGAUCGUCACGUUGCUGUCUAUGCCGCACGAGAUCCUCUUCCUCCAGCACAAGGUUUUCCGAGAGUAUGCCAAGAUAGCCGUUGGUCCGGACUUCAUCCACACCCUGCCUUCAUUUCUUAUCCUGACCUCGAUGGCGCUCGUUCUGUGGAGGAAUCCACCGUCUUGCAACGUAGUGACUCAAACUGCGGCCUCGACGAUACUGUACAAAGCUCUGCAGCUGAUGAUCAGCUGGGCCGUCGUCAUCGCAGCUCUGUGGUUUUGGCUGAUGGUUCAGAGGCUGAUCUACUGCUGCGUCUGGAUGUCCUGGAGUUACGAAACCGAAUAUCGUGACGUGUCUUACCAAUGGUGGCAACAAGUUUGGUCCUCCUAUUAUCCGCCGCCAUUGCAACCACCUGUGAUGUCAGCCGGGUUUAUCAGCUGGUUGAUCUCGAUGUCGGUCGCCACGACGGUACUAGGCUGCGCGGUUUCUUCGAACAGGGUAUGGAACUUUACCACGGAAUCUCUGACCGCCUCAAGAAAUGCACUAGUGACGCUCAAGUGUCACGCAAACUCGUAUUUCAAGAGACUCGUAAAGUACGUGCUGCAACCGUAUUGGCGAGAAGAGGAGCCUUUAACGGCCGAUAAAAGGAACACCGUGUCGAUAAACGACAGCGAGGCCAGUUCCAUCUGCGACGAGUGCCGAUCGGAGAUCUCGAGCGAUAUGGUCAACGAGCCCCGAAGAGACGUGCUUCCGAUCUCUUACGGCACGAAUUGGAUGCCGAAACCGAAUUUCUCCGGCUACAAGGAGCCUCAAAGGAAGGUGUCCCUGAAGUCGAUGCACACGGUGGCCGUGGUGAACGAUAUCCAGGACUCCGACGACCUGUCACCUAGACAACUGCGCUACAAACGCGGCUGUCACACGGUGAUACCCAACAAUUCCAGCGACCAGUCGAGCUGA